UAUAAUCAAAACCAGAAAGCAUGUAGUCCUUGGCUCGGACAGUGUAGUAGUGUGAGCUCAAUAGCAUCUCAUUAGUGUGCAAGAUCUUGAGAAUCAGCUGUACAUGUGAUGGAAGAGUGCACUGUGAAUGCAGAGGUUUGCAAUUAUAUUGAAUUGGGGAUAGUUUAGCCAAAAUAUGCCACAAGAUGUAGAAUUGCCUUGUGUAUCCCACUAAAAAGGUUAACUUAUUUGCUAACUUUGAAUAAUUUAAGCAAAAUUCCCAGGCUCAACUUCCCAUGGGACAUUUCUGAGAGCCCUUUGCAGACCUAGUUAUUACCCAUUCCUCUCCUCUCGAGACCUUUCAUUGCGUCCUCAAGUAUUUCCAUAGGUAGGGCCAGGAGUUUUUCCUGAACAAUGUGACUGGACCUGGGGUGUAUUCAUUUAGCUAAUUAUGUGACAAAACCUUUCUUAAAUGGAAGCAAACUGAACAAAACGGGGAGGCACCUACUUGAAUAGAAACUCUCGCUUUGCUCCUGUGUGGCUAAGUUGGUAUGGUGGGACCAGUACAGAAAAAAGUAUGAACAUUUUUUCACUCACUACUGUAAGUCGCUCUGGAUAAGAGUGUCUGCUAAAUGACUAAAAUGUUAAUGUAAAAUGCUCUGUUUGCUUCUGUUUUCAAACAGUAUACAGUUUCUGUAGGUAAUCCGCCCCAGGAAAAGCUCUUGGCUCUAGUUAUUAGCUGUAAAUCGUGCUCGAGUUUUUUUCUACUCGGGAGAAAUCCCUGCUGCCCUAUCCAUUAAAUAUUAUAUGGUUUUGUUUUUAUGAUUUAUAGUAAUGGUUGAGUAUGAUUGAUCUGCUGUUACUUUUUUUCAUUUUCCAUUGUUAUUGAAUAUUGUGCUUUAUUCAUUCUGCAGUUCAAAGAUAUAAGUACCAAGUAGUUAAAGGGCUGAACCAUCUGUGCAAAGUGUACCACUUCCAGUCCUCCAGGAAGUAAAGCUACCACAACUUUUGAAAGCUGUCAUCAAUACAGGACACUUCUGAUCCCUAAAGGUUUUCACAGUCCAUGGACAGACAGGUUGUUGUGGUUAAAAACAUAUUUAAAAAAUGAAAUUCUGUUGCUGUAAUAUAUAAUGUAGAUAAUGUAAAUGUUUUAUUUAAUUAACAUAAUAAAUUGAUAAAAUUACAGUUCUGCUGUAUUUGAGCUUAUUAUUUGACUAAACAUGUGAAAUAUAUUUCAGGCAUAGAAUUGGACUGUGAUGUAUACAAAUGAUUUAUAAUGUUUUUGGUGUUGAAUGUACAUUUUUAUUUGGUGUCUUGUGUUAGAACUUUCAGCCAAAACAUAAACAGAGUGACUAUUUUGACCACGUGGUGUUUGGCUAAAAAUAUCAUCCAAUCAAGUGUUUUCGAGAAGGAGCAGUGGAUCGUCGUCCAAUCAGAAAACUGUAGUGGGUUUCCAAGCAGUUCGUGUGACUAAUGCCUGUCAUAUGACUCUGCCACAAAUGGGGUUAGUUUUAAGGAACUAAGGCUGCACUUGGAUUUGGAAGAAAGCGAGACUUUCUAAAAUGCCUCCAACUCUUUUUCAGAAACUUUUUAAUAAAAGAAAUUCAAUUUCGCCGCCCCCAAGAUGCAACAAAGAGGACCCCGCGUUCAGCUGGUCAUCCCCACAGCUGGACCCUAGCCAGAUCAGAUUGAUACUGUACCAAGACUGUGAGCGACGGGGGAGAAAUGUCCUCUUCGAUUCCAGUUCCAAAAAGAGGAGCGCAGAGGAAGCCCCUGCCUCGCAGAAGAUGUGCAGUAGCGAGGCCCAGGUGAAGAUGUAUGGGAAGUGCUGCCAGCUGAGGCCUACAGGGGGCAGCUCCAACUCUCUGGACAGUUCCUGUGCUGCCGAGGCCCGGGAACCCAGGGAACAAGGGCUGCGCUUCCAGGGGUUGCGGUGUUCCUCUGAUGCCAACAUGUUGGGGGAGAUGAUGUUUGGCUCGGUGGCCAUGAGCUACAAGGGCUCCACACUCAAGAUCCACCAGAUACGGUCACCCCCUCAGCUGAUGCUGAGUAAAGUGUUUACAGCCCGAACUGGGAGUAGUGUCUAUGGCAGCCUUAACACACUGCAGGACAGCCUGGAGUUCAUGGGUCAGGACCCCAAUUCUUUGAGGCCUGAUCAGAACACUGUGACCAACGGCCUCCUGGGGAACAUAGGUUUCUCUCAGCUCUGCAGCCCGCGCCGGGCCUUCUCUGAGCAGGGCCCUCUGCGCCUCAUCAAGAGUGCCUCUUUCUUUUCAGGCCAUAGUAACCCCAUGGACAUGCCGGGCAGAAGCCUGUACGACGAGAGAGACAGCGGCAUCGCCAGAUCAGCGUCUCUGAGCAGUCUGUUGAUUACUCCGUUCCCAUCCCCGGGCUCCUCCCUCACCAGCAGCCAGGCCAGUAGCUACCAGAGACGUUGGCUCCGCAGCCAGACCACCAGUCUGGAGAACGGGGUCUUCCCAAGAUGGUCUGUGGAAGAAAGCUUCAAUAUGUCGGACGAGAGCGGAGGUCCCAGCCUGGGCGUGGCCAGGAAGAAGAAGAUAGCCAUUGGUGUCAUCUUCCUCCUCUCCCAGGACGAAGAGGAGAACAUCAAGUUCCAGGACUUCUUCUUCUCCCACUUCCCCCUCUUCGAGAGCCACAUGAACAAACUAAAAAGUGCUAUUGAACAGGCCAUGAAAAUGAGCCGGCGAUCAGUUGAUUCCAGUCAGAGGGCUCUGGCCUAUAGCCGCAUGGUGGAUGGCCUCAAUGAAUUCAGGACGACCAUCGUCAACCUUUACACCAUGCCCCGCGUGGCCGAGCCCGUUUGGCUCACCAUGAUGUCUGGAGCCCCCGAGAAGAACCAGCUCUGUGGACAUUUCAUGAGGGAGCUCGCCCUACUCAUGGAGCAGGCCUCAAAGAACCAGUUCCUCCCUGCCCUCCUUACAGCCAUUCUCACCAACCACCUGGCCUGGGUGCCCACUGUCAUGCCCAACGGACAGCCGCCAAUCAAGAUCUUCCUGGAGAAACACUCUUCUCAGAGCGUGGAUAGGCUGGCCAAGAGCCACCCCUACAACCCACUGUGGGCCCAGCUCGGUGACUUGUACGGGGCCAUCGGCUCCCCGGUGCGUCUGUCCAGGACAGUAGUGGUGGGGCGGAGACGGGAGCUAGUCCAACGACUCCUCUAUGUGCUCACCUACUUCAUCCGCUGCUCUGAGCUGCUGGAGACCCACAUGCUGGACAGCACUGAGGACGAGGCCAUCGUCAUCCCAGGCUCUCUCAUCACCACCUCACUGCAGCGUGGGGAGGUGGAGGAGUCAGACUAUGUGCUGGUCACCGUGCACAAGCCCAGCGGAGACUACCUCAGCCAGGAUCCCGAGCCCCAAGAGGACCGCAGCUACCCCUCACACAGCAACAACAGCUUGCAGUGCAGCACCUACACUGAGGCUGGCCCUAAGGAGGGGGACAGUAGUAACAACAGCCAGGGCUCCAAGAACAGUGUCCUGCAGGCCCAGGCCCACUUCAGCCACAACACUAACGCUGUGCCCAUCAUCCACAUGGAGGAUGUUAGUGAGCCCACGCCGCUCAAGGAGUCACCAACUGCCUUUCUGGAGGCCAAGCUGGAAACAGUGGUGCGUGUGGGCUCCACCUCCCCCAGGGAGACAGUGGUGCGUGUGGGCUCCACCUCCCCCAGGGAGACAGUGGUGCGUGUGGGCUCCGCCUCCCCCAGGGAGCAGGUCUGUGUGCUGCUGGAGACUAAGCCUGAGACCGAGUUAGAGGUCAAGGCCAGCGAGAAGGAGGGGGUGGGGAGUCUGCCCAUCAAGGUGUUCCACUCUUCUGGGAUACCACUGGAGAAGAAGCCCCCUGACAAGACUGUACCUGUACCUGUACCUGUACCCGGCCCCUUUCUGUCAAAACACCAGGAAGAGCCGGCCACCAAAGUGCUGUUUCUCAUCGGCGACCCCCAGUCUCCGGGAUCAGACACAGAGAGCAGGAGGAGGAAGCUUCAGGAGGACAUUAAGAAGCACAAGAAAUGCAUCAAAGAGAAACAGAGGCAGCAACCGCAACUACAACAACAGCAACAACCACUACAACAGCAGCAAUCGCUACUACAACAACAACAGCAACCGCAGCAACAACAGCAACCGCAACCACAGCAACCGCAGCAACCACAGCAACCGCAGCAACCACAGCAACCGCAACCACAGCAACCGCAACCACAGCAACCGCAACAACAGCAACCGCAACAACAGCAACCGCAACUACAACAACAGCAACAACCACUACAACAGCAGCAACCGCUACUACUACAACAACAGCAACCGCAACUACAACAACAGCAACCGCAACUACAACAACAGCAACCGCAACUACAACAACAGCAACCGCAACUACAACAACACAACAGCAGCAACUACAACAACAACCGCAACCACAACAACCGCAACAGCAACCGCAACCACAGCAACCGCAACCACAGCAACCGCAACAACAGCAACCGCAACAACAGCAACCGCAACAACAGCAACCGCAACUACAACAACAGCAACCGCAACCCACUACAACAGCAACCCCAGAUGCCCCAGUGGAACCCUGUCAGUGAGGAGUGCUCAGAGCUGUUCGAUGAGUACUUCAGUGAUGACAGCCCUGUAGAGACCAGGACUAUAGACGAUGAGGCGAAAUGCCUGGACUUGUCAAACGGCACGGACAAAACCCAGAAAGAGCUUCUGGACCCUUCGGUAGUCCAGAGUAGCAGUUGCUGUAAGGGACAUGGGAAUCAGGGACAGAAGGGAACAGGGCAGGUGGGUGUGGGACCGGGAGGUGUUGGUGGGGAUGAGGCUGACGUUAAGACCAGGUGUGGGGUGGAGGCUGAUGUCCAGGCCAGACCAGGUGUGGGGGAGGCUGACGUCCAGGCCAGGUGUGGGGGGAGGCUGACGUCCAGGCCAGGUGUGGGGGAGGAGGCUGGCGUCCAGGCCAGGUGUGGGGGGGAGGCUGACGUCCAGGCCAGGUGUGGGGGGGAGGCUGACGUCCAGGCCAGGUGUAGGUGUGGCUCUACAGACACAUCAGAGGCACGCUCCUGUAGAAGUUGUUCUGCUGAGCAGAACAUGUGCAUCCUGAUUUCAGUAACCAUCCCCAAAGGGGCCCAACAAAAGAAGGGGGCCCCGCUUAAUGACUGUGAGAUCCCUCGGAACGAGAGUUCGGACAGUGCGCUUGGGGACAGCGAGAGCGAAGAUGCAGGGCAGGACGUCCACAGGCAGAGUGAUAGCGACACCUACUACAAAGAUGAUCAGGAGCCAGAUGAGUGGCAGGAAGAGGUGGAGGUCCCCUUCCCUGGGUCAAAGUUGGUGGAGCAUUUCUCCAAACCGAGCAUUGCCAACUUUGGGAGGUCACUGUUCGGAGGGUACUGCACAACCUAUGUGCCGGACUUUGUUCUGCAGGGGAUGCCCAACGAUGACAAACUCAGGCAGGGCCUCAUGUCAGAAUUAGCGCACGCUGUACAGCAUCCAGUGUUGGAUGAGCCCAUUGCAGAGGCGGUCUGCAUUAUCGCAGACACUGAUAAGUGGACGGUGCAGGUAGCCAGCAGCCAGAGACGAGCCACGGACAACAACAAACUGGGGAAGGAGGUCCUGGUGUCCAGCCUCGUGUCCAGCCUGCUCCAGUCCACCCACCUGCUUUACAAGAUGAACCUCUCCCCCAACUUUUGCAUAAUGCACCUUGAGGACAGACUCCAGGAGAUCUACUUCAAGAGUAAAAUGCUGGCAGAGUACCUGAAGGGACAGACUAGAGUGCACGUCAAGGAGCUGGGGAUGGUCCUGGGUAUUGAGUCCAGUGACCUACCCCUGCUGGCCGCGGUGGCAAGCACUCACUCUCCCUACGUGGCCCAAAUACUGCUAUAAUAGAUGGAACUAAAGCCAGAGGUGGCGGGUGACUGUGGACUGGAGCAGCUGGAUACUGUGCUUCACCCUGGCCCAACACGUCGGCUUGACCCUGUUCACCGACGCCCUGCUGAUGCUCUGAGAAGGCCGGUGCAGUGCAGAGUCUCCUGGGCAAGGUGUGCAUCCCAAAUUGCAUACUAUUCAGAAGUUGUACACUAUGUAGGGAAUAGGGUAUCAUUUGAGAUGCAGAAGGGCCUCAUGGAUGUAUCUGAGACCUCAGCUACUGCUGCUGCCACUGGGCAAACAGACAUAAUGGGCAUACAGACAUACUGCCACAAGGGGACAGUCGAUUCCAUGGUCUCCUCUGCUAGUAAGAGAUGAAGCUCUGUUGGCCCACUCCAAGCAAGAGAGGCAUGCUGCUGCUGUGGCCAAUUCUCCUCUUUUUCAGUGUUUUCCCCCUCCUCUGCAUCAACAUUAUUUUAACCUGGUUAAAGGACAAGAAGGCCAAAUAAUUAUUCUGUUGAGUAUAAAUAAUAAUCAAGAUAUCAAUUCUAAAAUAUAUAUUUUUUACAUCUACUACUUUCCCGUACAAUCUUUUACACGUUUAUCCAGGAAGCACAGGUGAUAGAUAGGAUGAGUUUUUUUUGUUACUUGUAGUGAAUAUGAUCAAAUUCACUUUUAUUUCAAUUAUGUUUCUGUGUUCUUCAUGUAUUUGUUUACAAGUGAAAUGUCUGAAAUGUCUCCCUCAAUGAUCCAUAAUUCAUUGGAUUUCAUUUGAAAAUGAACUACACUAAUUAUAUAAACAUAGGCCUGGAAGUCGCAUCUGGGUAAUUUAUACACAUUCAUUGUAAUUCUUAACUGCAGUGUAGCUUUAACAUUCUUGAUCACAGGUACAGCACUACCUCAGAUAUUUUGUGGGCGAUCGACGCUACACGCUUUUUAUAGUUGCCGACUAGAUAAGCCUGAGAGAAUUAUUUGUAUUUUUAAAUCAGUGGAAUGUUCAAAUAAAACUGCGAACCCAAUGCUGAACUCUUUUUGAAAAAGGGAUGUUAAUAAUUACAUAUUUGAAAAUGGGGAAAACCUUUGUAAUUAUUUUUGGAAUACAACAAGAGCUCAUUUCUACUGUUGUAUGUGGAGAAAAAUAAACAAAAAAUGAUCUACAUAUAUUUUCAAACGGAAAUAUUUUCACAAGUUUAAAACAUUUGUAUCGCUUUGACACCAUCAUACCAUGUUUACGGCUGUAUUGCAUGCUACAAAGGGAGAGUUUGUGGAAUAUCUGUUAGCAAUACGUUUAUCAGUUCCUUAAACUAUACUCAAUGUUUAAGGUAAAUAAUUGCUGCAUUGAUUUUACAAAAGCAAGAUGCAAAACCACAAAUCUAAACCACAGAUUUGUUUUUUAUUUUUUUAAUAAAUAUUUGUACCAACCAUGAAAUUCAUGUGUUGCAUUUCAUUUGGAAGUAUCUUUGUCUGGAGAGUGUGCCAUGUUAUGGUGGCAUGAAUGGAUCAGGGGCUUCUGAAGAAUUUAUUUUGCUGGUUGAAAUUAUUGUUACAUGCUUAUCAUGUAAGAUGCUAGGUCCUUCAGGAUAUGUUCUUAUUGCAUUUUGUAAAGCUCCUGAUUAUUUCUAUGAGGUAUGUCUACUUUUAUCUUUAUACAUGAAUAUGAAUAAAUGAUUUAGUAUGGUGUGUAACGGUUAAUGUAAAUAGUUUAUUUCCAUUUAUUUGUACAUAAUGUCUUUGAAUAUGAAUAGUUUCUAAAAUGAUCCUUUCCCAAUUUUAAGGGAAUGUUGUGCAAUAAAGAUGCCAAUGUUGUUGA